GUUUGGUUUUUCAGGCUGUUGAUGAGUCCAGUGUUCCAGGGAUGGACAGGGUCGACAGCCUGGCAGAGUAUCUGGUUGAACUGAGGAACCAGCCCUCUCUUGCCCUCAACAACCAGCAGGUGAGCAACAUUGUUGCUCUGUGGCAAAACCUGCUGGAGUUUGACAAGCAGAGGGUGGUGUUUGCUGCCAGACACCAGAGCAGGCUGGAUACAGGGAGGUUCAGGUCACCCAAGAAGAAGCAGAAGUUCACGCCGGGAGUAGACAGCCUCAAAAGGCACGCCCUCACCACCACUGCCCCUCUUGCCCAGUGGCCAGAUUGCUGCCGCCUGAUUGAGUCCAUCUUUGUCCGGCUCUGUGACAUCCACCGUAGUCCCAAGAAGAGGGGGACAAUCACAGUGUCCAGAUGGGACCUCAUCUUGGAGGACUACAGACAGAUCAGGCGGCGCAUUCUGGGUAACGGGACAGUGAUGCAGCAGACCGCCCUGCAGCUGGUGGAUGUCAGUCACACCACCCUUGUGCAGUGGCACAAUAAAAGGGUGAAGAGACAGGACACUGCAGUGAUGUUGCAGGGGCUCACCCUGCCCAGUCGCUUGUCUGCAGCAGCCGACCCUCUUCCUGCUGCAAACGUGCAGCCUUUAUUUGUAGCCCCCCAGCCUGGACCCUCUUACCAGUACCAGUUCCCCAGCAGCACUGUGGGCCAGGCAAAGACGAAAAAAAGGAAAACCUCAUCGGAGCCAACCAAGGCAUCGGCCAGAGUGAGGCCUCCUCACCAGCGGCAGCUCUUUCCUGCCCCACCUCCUCCCCUUAGCCUUAUGUUUCUGACUUUGGGUGUCACCUUACCAUCUGCUGGGGUUGCUGCCCUGCUCUUGCCUCUGCUCCUGCUACCCUCCGCAAACAAACCCGCAAAGUAUUGCAUAAUACAUGCAAUAAAUGUGGACAGUUUAGGACAAUGGAAACUGGGCACAGCCAAUACAAAGGCAUUGUGUACUGCCCCUCUGUAG